CUCUUCCGGUUACCUUUUCCCAGUGCCAGAGGCGCCUAGGGUUGGGGUCCUCGCUCAGGGACAGAGACCCGACACCGAGCGGCGGCUUCCCCGGGAUCGAGGGACGCGCACGCCAGAGGAGACGAAAGGAACCCGGGUCGGACCAGAUCGGAACCACUGACCAUUGCCCAUGGCGGCCCUAGGCCCUAGCAGCCAGAAUGUCACUGAAUACGUCGUUCGAGUUCCUAAGAAUACAACCAAAAAAUAUAACAUCAUGGCUUUUAAUGCAGCCGAUAAAGUCAACUUUGCUACGUGGAAUCAGGCUCGGCUGGAGCGGGACUUGAGCAACAAGAAAAUCUACCAAGAGGAGGAGAUGCCCGAAUCAGGCGCGGGCAGCGAGUUCAACCGCAAGCUUCGGGAGGAGGCUCGGAGGAAGAAGUACGGCAUCGUCCUCAAGGAGUUCCGGCCCGAGGACCAGCCCUGGCUGCUCCGGGUCAACGGCAAAUCAGGCAGGAAGUUCAAGGGCAUCAAGAAGGGAGGCGUAACAGAGAACACGUCCUACUACAUCUUCACCCAGUGCCCCGACGGGGCCUUCGAGGCCUUCCCCGUGCACAACUGGUACAAUUUCACACCGCUGGCCCGGCAUCGCACGCUCACUGCCGAGGAGGCCGAGGAGGAGUGGGAGAGGAGGAACAAGGUGCUGAACCACUUCAGCAUCAUGCAGCAGCGGCGGCUCAAGGAUCAGGAUCAGGACGAGGACGAGGAGGAGAAGGAGAAACGCGGCCGCAGGAAGGCGAGCGAGCUGCGCAUCCACGACCUGGAGGACGACCUGGAGAUGUCGUCCGAUGCCAGUGAUGCCAGCGGUGAGGAGGGCGGCAGAGUCCCUAAGGCCAAGAAGAAGGCGCCGCUGGCCAAGGGCGGCAGGAAGAAGAAGAAGAAGAAGGGUUCAGACGACGAGGCCUUCGAGGACAGCGAUGAUGGGGACUUCGAGGGCCAAGAGGUGGACUACAUGUCAGACGGCUCCAGCAGCUCCCAAGAAGAGCCUGAGAGCAAGGCCAAGGCACCGCAGCAGGAGGAGGGGCCCAAGGGUGUCGAUGAGCAGAGCGACAGUAGUGAGGAGAGUGAGGAGGAGAAGCCGCCUGAGGAGGAAAAGGAGGAGGAGGAGGAGAAGAAGGCGCCCACCCCGCAGGAGAAGAAGCGCAGGAAAGACAGCAGCGAGGAGUCGGACAGCUCAGAGGAGAGCGACAUUGACAGUGAGGCCUCCUCAGCCCUCUUCAUGGCGAAGAAGAAGACGCCACCCAAGAGAGAGCGGAAGCCGUCGGGAGGGAGCUCAAGGGGCAACAGCCGCCCAGGCACACCCAGCGCAGAGGGUGGCAGCACCUCCUCCACCCUGCGGGCGGCUGCCAGCAAACUCGAGCAAGGGAAGCGGGUGAGCGAGAUGCCUGCAGCCAAGCGGUUGCGGCUGGACGCGGGACCCCAGAGCCUGUCCGGGAAGUCGACACCCCAGCCACCAUCAGGCAAGACAACACCCAGCAGCGGCGACGUGCAGGUGACUGAGGAUGCCGUGCGCCGCUACCUGACACGGAAGCCCAUGACCACUAAGGACCUGCUGAAAAAGUUCCAGACCAAGAAGACAGGGCUGAGCAGCGAGCAGACAGUGAACGUGCUGGCCCAGAUCCUCAAGCGACUCAACCCCGAGCGCAAGAUGAUCAACGACAAAAUGCACUUCUCCCUCAAGGAGUGAGGCUUGGUCCAAUACAUGGCUCUGCCCCCCAGAA